AUGACCUUGGCGCUCGCCUCUCAAGGGCCCAACAACGACGAUUGGAGUUAUUCGCAGGGUUCGAAUCUCUCCUUGGUUACAAUGACCUUGGCGCUCGCCUCUUUUGGAACGAUCUUGUCCGCUUGUUUCCGUCCCGGGCUCGGUGAUGGGAGCAGCACACAGAAGCGAGAGAGGUGUUAUUCCGAGUCGGGAAUGAAUGGAGAAGAGGCUGGAGGUGAAAAAGCGGCUGAAGAUGAAGAAGAGGCUGAAGAUGAAAAAGCGGCUGAAGAUAAAGAAGAGACUGAAAAUAAAAAAGCGGCUGAAGAUGAAGAAGAUGCUGAGGAUGCCGAUAAACUCGAGGGACUUGAGCUUAGCGCAGGUAAUAAACUGGUUGAGGUAGGCUUGCCGUUCUGUAUAACGGGGCUCUUCUUAGGUGACGUCGAAGUAAAUCUUGCUGUUACCCUUUAUUGCGAAUGCUGA